GGCGCGAGGCUGCGGUUACAUCCGCCGCUGAGCCGCUUCGGGUCGGGGCUCCUAGGGCGGCCGCGGCUGCCGCUGUCGUACGGGCUGACGUGCGGCGGCGUCCCCUCCUCCUGCGUCCGUCAGCAGUGACGAGUUGGCUACGUCAGGCCCGGCGCCGCGGAUAUAUAGACAAGACAGUGGAGAAGGAGAAAAGAAUUGAUUGCAAAUGUCUUAAUAAUGAGCAAAAGUGGCAAGAAAAAAUAUAUUAAGACAAAUAUAAGACAAACAGCCAUGGCAACACUUGACUCCCAGCAGGAUGGAAGUGUGCUGGGCACUGUGAUGGGGAGCAGAUCUGCUCAUUUGCAGACUCGGACUGCACAAACUCCAGUCCCUGCUGUAGCUCAGGUAGCAACAGUUACAGAGACGGAUGAGCCUGCAGACUCAGAAGGUAUAAUUGAUUCUCAUAAACAGAGAGAAAUCCUUUCACGGAGACCCUCUUACAGAAGAAUACUGAAUGAACUUUCCUCUGAUGUGCCUGGUGUUCCCAAGAUUGAGGAAGAGAAGUCAGAGGAAGGAGGAAGGCCCUCUAACAUCAGCAGCAUGGCUGUACCAACUAGCAUAUAUCAGACUUCCACGGGGCAAUACAUUGCUAUAGCCCAAGGUGGAGCAAUCCAGAUUUCUAACCCGGGAUCUGAAGGUGUUCAGGGCCUGCAGGCAUUAACAAUGACAAGUUCAGGAGCUCCUACUCCAAAUGCCACAAUUGUACAGUACGCAGCGCAGGCAGCUGAUGGCACCCAGCAGUUCUUUGUCCCAGGCAGCCAGGUUGUUGUUCCAGAUGAGGACCCUGAACUUGCCCCAAGUCACAUGGCUGCGGCCACGGGUGACAUGCCAGCGUACCAGAUCAGGGCUCCUGCUACUGCUUUGCCCCAGGGCAUGAUGAUGGCUGCCUCACCGGGAACCUUGCACAGUCCCCAGCAGCUGGCAGAAGAAGCCACUCGCAAACGAGAGCUGAGGCUGAUGAAAAACAGGGAAGCCGCUCGGGAGUGUCGCAGGAAGAAGAAAGAAUAUGUCAAAUGUCUUGAAAACCGCGUGGCUGUGCUUGAAAACCAAAACAAGACCCUCAUUGAGGAACUCAAGGCCCUCAAAGAUCUCUAUUGCCAUAAAGCAGAGUAACCGCCUCUGCCUUGGACCUUGUUUGUUCUGAACCCAAUCAAGGCAGGGGAUGCCGUAGUUCUAACUGCCCAUCGGACUUGCGGAAGGGACACUCGGGACCUUAACUAAGAGUCCAGUGUGGUUUAGUCUUUGAAAUGGAAUUAGGAGUACUGUUCCAAGACUUGGAACGCCACCUAGGCCUCUGUCGCCAAGCUUACUUCAGUCUGCUUGUCAGUAGCAUGCACAACAUGUUUGUUUGCCUUUUGCUUCUACUUUUUCUAGGGAAGCUGCUAAAGAAUGUCGACGCCGAAAGAAAGAAUAUGUAAAAUGUCUGGAGAGUCGUGUUGCAGUCCUGGAAGUUCAGAACAAGAAGCUU